AUGCCGCCGGCCAUUGUAUAUACAGAUAUGGUCAAUCCUGCUGACUCCAACGCUGGUGUCUUUGCCGGCGUCAACUUCUUCAUCGUCCAACGAGUCCCUCAACGCUCGCACUACGUCUCGCUGGUCGAGACUAACGGCGGCAGAGUGGUCAAGCUCGAGGCCCAGGCUGACUACUUGAUCGCUGACCAUAUGCGACACGACGCGCCUGCCGGAGCUCUCAGCUACAAGUUCAUCGAAGAGGCCAUCAAGCAAGGAGAGAUACCAGACGACGAAUCAUUGCUCGCCAGCCGCCGUAAGGCCGCAAAUUCCGCUACCACCACCGCUGUCGCAACCUCUUCCAAGAAGUCGACGAGAACUCCAUUCACCGACGACGACGACAAAUUACUGUAUAAGCUAGUACACAAGGCCAACGAACAAGGUCUUGCCAUCCAAGGCAACACGCUCUACAAAGCCCUCGCCGCCCACAACUCCAGACACACCUUCCAGUCAUGGCGUGAUCGCUAUAUCAAGGUACUGUCCAUAAAGCCCCCCACUGGCUGGGAGGCCUACCCUGAUGCCAGAUUGCCUCCCCUGGACACACAUGCCGUCGAAUUACCGUCCACCGCUCUACCACGUUCCACGGCACGCUCAGCCAUCGCAUCAACCCCAGGAUCCCGUCCAAAAGUACCCUUCACUGAGGAAGACGAUCAAGAGCUGGUAGCGUGGGUUACUAGGAAGGCACAGCAAGGAGCUCGCAUAAGUGGUAAUGCCAUUUAUCAAGAGCUUGAAGCAAGAAACCCACGCCACACUUAUCACUCUUGGAGAGACCGCUGGGUCGGACACCUCUCAAGAAGAGAGCUUGAUGAUGAUGACGAUCAUACUCCUCUCGAAGCCGAGGACGCUGGUCCCGAGGUCGAAACCGCUCCAGCCCGUCCGCCCCCUUCACCUAAGCCAUCGACCAGCAAGACACCAUUGAAGCGCCCAGGGUUCAGGAUUCCUCCAGGAGCUUCAGCGUCCGCUCAGGCCUCGGGCAGUGUCAUUCCCAAGGCAGCUGCUCCGCCUGUUGCUACAAGUUCAACCGCAAAAGCACCACAAAGCAGCUCGAAACACGCCGCCCGAGUCCACGCUCUUGAAGAAGUCACUGAGGAUACUGCCCAUGUUCCGACGGCAUCUGGAUCGAGCACUGGUCGUUCGACUGCAACGCGUCCGGUGGUAACAUCAAAGAACCAAGCCAACACCCCGAUGGUCAGGAGCCGCAACAUGAGCUCGCCUAUCUUGUCACAACAGACACCCGCUCAGCCACAACAACGUGCUCUACCAGUACAGCCACCUCCGUCCUCCCGCCAGGAAACAGUACAAACAAAUCCUCAAUCUCAGUCGCACGACGACUCGGCCUUCACCGAUCAAGACUUCGACGAUCUCCUGAGCGUCGCUCUCGACAUACAGAACGUCUGCGUCGGCCGCUAUCAGGAAUCAUGGAUCAAAUGGGCUGGUUUCGACAAUGCUCAUACUGCUGUUGAGUGGCGAUCCUUCUAUGAGCGACGUGUAUUGCCGGUCGUUCUGCAAAGAGAAGACGGUCCAGAGCGACCAGAAUCACAGAAGGAUGCCAAAUGGGUCGAGUUUUGGAAAAAUCAAGGCCAACCUAUCGAAAUUCUGCCAUACAAGAUCACUUCCGAACUCCAAGCGACUUCUCCCGACGUUGCAAAUAUUGAGAAGGUGUCGGCACCCCAGGACCCGGCGAAUGAACUCGCAGAGCAAGAUGAAGAGAUGGCGGAUGUGGCGGAACAACUCGCAGAAGUUAAUGAGAAUGCUCUGUUGGGCCCUGCUAAACGAAAGCUGCAGAAGAUUGAGAGUACAGCGGAAGAAUCAGCCCCGAAGCGCCAACGUACAGCAGCACCACCCUCUGAACCAAACAAAUCCCUCGCUCCUGUCCAGAGAAUCCCAGACGAGACAGUCGGCAUUUCCGGUAGAGAGGCGCGUUCACCAAGUCACCACUCUGAUGGAGAGGAAGAAGCUUCGGAAGAUCAAGCCGCAGGACAAUUGCGUCGCGAGAUGGCAGAAGACAAAGACGAUCGUCAUCAGCUGACAAGAGCCAAUCUUGCACGUAUCCAAGCAGAGAACCGCAUGCCUGAAGAGCAGAGAGGCCUCGAUAUUGAGGAAGAUGAUGAGGAUGACGAUCAGGCCGACUUUGCCACCUACCUCGCAAGCAUGUUACCACAAGACAUGAAAGAAAAGGCCCUUGAAGCCAUCGAAACACACGACCAUCAAGACGACCAGGAAAACGAUGGAUUUGAUGAAGAUGAGGACGAAGACAUCCUCACGAAUAACGGGCAUCAAGAACUCGAGCCUGAAUAUGACCCGGCACUCCUAGAGAUCGACCCAGAGUUGGACAACCCAUCCUACCAAUCUUCACUCGAAUACUCCACCAACAACACAGCCAUCCACCUUGACGUUCCCGCCACGCAAGCUUGGGAAGCCUCUUCUGCACCCUCUCCGUCACAGUCACAGCGUCAACGCAUUUCCACCCAAGCGAUCUUUGCAGCCGAAACCCAACCCUUUGAUCUCGAUGUUCCUCUCCCACCUGGCGAGUAUCUUGACGAAGAGGCAGCAGGGAACUAUACCACAGCAAAUACCGACUCCCAGAUCCUUGCCGAAGACGAAUUCUGGCCGUGGAUAGAUGACCAGAUUAAGGCUGGUGGGUACUCUGAAGAAACUGUUGUAGAAGCACUUCGUCAAACGUCGUUUAAUCCCAAACUCGCCGCGUUGGUCCUGCAAGCUCAGGGCGAGAAGGUAGAUGUCGCUGGUGUAUGGACUGAGGAAGAUGAUCAAGUGGCUGAAGGCUCAAACGCAAAGGCCAUCAGAAGGCUGGAAGGUAAACAUGGCAGAGGGAGCGUGGAGAAGAGAAUUGCAUUUCUGGCUGAGUGGAGGAGAGACCAGGAAAUUGCUAUGGCUGGGGAGGUAGCAGAGUAG